AUGGAUAAAAUCUAUUUCGGUAUCUUUUGUAAGGAUAGCCCAGAUAAUCUCUCGCGCAAGAAAAAUAAUUACCUAAGGCUUGUGCCAUGGGGUAAUAUUUCUUCCGAACUGUCGCCCUCUUCUCAAAUAGUCUUGCUAGGCCCACCACGGCCUUCCAACGCACCACCGACUUCCAGUUCGCUUGCACAGUUUUUCACCUGCAUACAGGACCAGGUGGAUACAGUGCUUUCCACAGUACCCAGGUUAACCCAUUUCAGUGUUAUCGUUCCCGAGGAGUACCUAGUAUUGGAAGCCGUAGAUUGGAGCUCCCAUGUGGGAACUCUCCUAAGGCGGAACAGCCAGCUCCACUUUGCUUUGAUAUUGCCUAGUAGAAGCUCCACAGCAUUCCAAUACUGGUCAUGCUUGCAAGAUUCGCUAAAAUAUCCUCUUAACUUAUCCGUUUUUCUAUACGUAGGCGAUCCUGUAGAGCAAACAAACGACAUUUCACUUUCCACAUGGAAGUACGAACCUGUUUCCUCGUUGAUUUUGCCUAUCACCUACUUCCUGGGGUGCAGCCAACAGAAUAUGCAACACUAUGCACUUAGCACUUAUAUACAGGAAACAUUAAAGGAUUUUUGCACCCAAGCGAGACCCUUGAUUAUCUUGAGUCCCAUAAACUCAAGUAGUGAAGUGACCCAGGGGCACAUGGCUAGCAUAGAAAGGCUAUUUCUGUCAUUUGAAUUACCCCCUGUGGCUGACGCCGUAAUAAGAGACCCUUUACAACCUCUAAGAGACGACUUGAGUAUGGAUAUUUACAGUAUAUUCGAACAGGAUGAGACCAAGUACAGAAUGUACGGCAGGGCGAUUGCACAGGCUAUAAUAGACAUACGGAAGAAAAAGAGUGGUGGCAGUGAAAUCAAUAUUGUAAUUGAUGUGCUAAUUGUAGGACCAGGACGGGGGCCCUUGAUCGACUUGGUAGACCAAUGUUCCUCUCCUUCUACUUAUUGCAACAUAAUUGCAGUCGAGAAAAACCCUCUCUGUACAAACUUAUUGAAGAAAAGAAGGUGGACUAGUGGCAGUGUUACCGUUGUCCAGUCAGAUAUUAGAGAGUAUCAAUCUGAAGUCAAAUUUGACUUGGCUAUCUCGGAAUUGUUAGGCUCAUUCGCUUGCAACGAGCUAUCACCAGAUAUCCUAGCACACGUCGCUGCUGAGGUUAUGAUUCCAAGUUCAUACACAAACUACUUACAGCCAAUUUACUCCCCAAUUAUUAGCAAGAUGGUAGGCAAAGUAGAUCAAUGGGAAAGGCCAUACGUGGUGGACAUUACCGAGGGAUGUUUUAUGGAGACAGGGCCCGUACAAUCAGUGUGGAGCUACGAUCAUCAAGCAAGCUCCAAUGAUCUAGACUGGAAUGUCGAGCUCAAAUUUGAACAGGAUUUACCAGAUAAAGGGCUCUACCCUACCCACGGGCUAUUGGGAUAUUUCACAAGUGUCUUAUAUGGAGAGAUUUCUAUUGGAAUACAUCCUAAGCAGCGAGCUAAUAACAAUGAGUAUUGUAAUUCGUGGAGUCCUCUUUACUUUCCGAUUAAGAAGUUCACUUUUUACACUGGAAGAGUAAUCAUGGAGAGAGUCACCGGGAAAGAAGGCGUGCAUUAUCAAUGGGACGUCAACGGAGUCAUGCACAAUCAAUGGGGUGCUCUGUAUACUAUAGGAAAUUAA